AUGGAUGCCUUCGAGUAUAACCCCAACCCCGGCCGCGUCGUCUUCGGCAGCGGCACCCUACAGAAGCUUCCCGAUGAAAUUACCCGGCUGCAGGUCAAAGCCCCGCUGGUGCUCUCGACGCCGCAGCAGGUCAGCCAGGCCGACAGUGUCAAGGGCGUGCUAAGAGGCCAGGUAGCUGGCAUCUUCAGCGAGGCGACCAUGCACACCCCAACUCAUAUCACCGACAAAGCGCUGGAGUAUGCAACAGCGCAGGCCGCCGACUCGAUCAUUUCGAUUGGUGGUGGAAGUACAAUUGGCCUCGGCAAGGCCAUCAGCAUCCGCACCGGGCUGCCGCAUAUUUGCAUUCCGACGACUUAUGCGGGCAGUGAGAUGACUCCCAUCCUGGGCGAGACGGCCGAUGGGUUGAAGAAGACUCGAUCCGAUCCUAAGAUCUUGCCCGGCACGGUGAUAUACGAUGUGGACUUAACGAUGACCCUGCCGGCUGCCAUGAGUGCCACGAGCGGUGUCAAUGCCAUUGCUCACGCAGUCGAGGCUCUCUACGCCCGCAACACCAACCCAAUUAUCAAUAUGAUGGCCAUUGAAGGCACUCGGGCCCUCGCCUCCGCCCUCCCCGAGAUUGUCGAGAACCCAUCUUCUCAAUCAGCCCGCUCCAAAGCCCUGUACGGCGCCUGGCUCUGCGGCGUCUGCUUGGGUAGCGUCGGCAUGUCCAUUCACCAUAAGCUGUGCCACACACUGGGUGGCAGCUUCAAUCUCCCCCACGCGGAGACUCACACUACGGUCUUACCGCACGCUCUCUCUUACAAUGCUCCUAACAUUCCAGAAGCUAUGAAGCACUUAGCGGAGGCUCUGCCAGACAGCAAUGGCGAUGCGAUCCAUGGUCUGAAUGUCCUCCUGGAGAAACUGAAGGUCAAGCGCGGCUUGAGGGACUUUGGGAUGAAGGAAGAAGACAUUGACAAGGCCGCUGAUAUUGCUGUUUCCAACCCUUACUGGAAUCCUCGCGCGGUCGAGCGGACUCCCAUCCGCGAGUUGAUCCGCCGAGUGUGGGCGGGAGAGCCGGCGCAGGCCAACUUGUAA